UUUGGACGAAGCAGAAGCAAAAGCGAUGGGUAGUAAUAGCGACAACGACAAUGGCUUCGCGGCGAAGCCCUCUUCUUCUUCUUCUUCCUCCUCGUCCCAAACCCUAAAACCCCUCACUCCCCACACCGCUCGAUCCCUCGUCGACUCCGUCGACGCGUUCCUCUUCGAUUGCGAUGGGGUGAUUUGGAAGGGGGAUAAGCUCAUCGAACGGGUUCCGGAAGCGCUGCGAACCCUUCGCUCGAUGGGCAAGAAGUUGUUUUUUGUAACUAAUAAUUCAACAAAAUCGAGGAAGCAGUACACAAAGAAGUUCUCCACACUUGGUCUCGAAGUUAGUGAGGAAGAGGUAUUCAGUUCGUCAUUUGCGGCGGCAAUGUUUUUGAAGUUGAAUAAGUUUCCUAGAGAAAAGAAGGUUUAUGUUUUUGGUGAGGAAGGCAUUAUGGAAGAACUCAAACUGGCUGGUUUUGAGUGUUUAGGUGGUCCGGAAGACGGAAAGAAGAACAUAACGCUGAAGUCAAACUACCACUUCGACCAUGACAAAAAUGUUGGAGCUGUUAUUGUUGGACUUGAUCAUCAUAUUAACUACUACAAGAUCCAGUAUGCGACUUUGUGUAUUCGUGAGAACCCCGGCUGCCUUUUCAUUGCUACCAACCGUGACGCCACUGGGAAUUUAACAGAUUUGCAAGAAUGGCCAGGUGCCGGAUGUAUGGUUGCUACAGUCUGCGCCUCGACGGAGAAGGAGCCUAUCGUGGUUGGGAAGCCAUCAACCUUCAUGAUGGAUUUUCUACAAGAGAGGUUCCAGAUCGAAACUUCGAGGAUGUGCAUGGUUGGUGAUAGGUUGGACACCGACAUACUAUUUGGGCAAAAUGCUGGUUGCAAGACCCUUCUUGUUCUUUCAGGUGUCACUAACUUAUCAACACUUCAGGAUCCUUCAAACAACAUCCACCCAAAUUUUUAUGCGAAUAAUUUAUCCGACGCUGUCGAACUGCUAAAAAGCUGAGCCGCUUCGCAGGUUCGAGAUCGAACACUCCCACAAACCGUCGAUUGGGCGACAAAAAUUCAUUUGUCAUUUGAAGAAAUAUAGCUGCUGAAUAAAGCAUAUGAUUAUACACCACCAAUGUGCUUGAGUUACAGGUGUUUGUAUGAUUAUUUAUGAUAACAACCCAAUUCUUUUCAAUUCUCUGAAUUUCAUGAAUGAAAUUUAUUUCCUACUCUAUACUAGCAAGAAUUGUUCUUUUUGUUC